AGGCAGUAGAGGAGAUGAGUAAGUUUGACGCUACAAAUUUUACUCAAGAUACACAGAGACAGCUCAGUAAGGUUGGGUCUAAAUCCUUGUCUGAAAACUCAACAGUAGAAUUAUCUCAAAUAAUUACAGAUAUGGGCAAAAUAUACGGCACAGCACAGGUUUGUCUUCCGUCCGGAGAAUGUGAACUCUUGGAGCCAGGUUUAACAAAUAUAAUGGCAGAUUCUACUGAUUAUGAUCUCAGGCUGUUGGUCUGGGAGGAAUGGAGAAAUAAGGUGGGGCGUGCAAACAAACCGUUGUACGAGCGUUAUGCUGAGCUAAAAAAUGAACUUUCCCGCCUAAACGGACAUGAUGAUUUGGGAGAUGCCUGGCGGGAUAAAUAUGAAACUGAAACUUUUGGCGCGGAUGUUCAAUCCUUGUACAGAGAUAUGGAACCACUGUACCUUGAACUUCAUGCAUAUAUCCGUAGAAAGUUGUACAAUGUUUACGGAGAGGAGAAUAUCGAUCUGAAUGGAACACUGCCAGCCCACCUUCUUGGGGAUAUGUGGGGAAGGUUUUGGAACAAUCUUUACUCUUUCUCUACUCCCUUCCCUGAUAAACCUCCAAUAGUUCCAACGGAGUUGAUGAAAAAAGAAAAUUUCACUGUUCUCAAGAUGUUCCAAACUGGAGAUAAUUUCUAUGCAGGACUAGGGAUGCACCGAGUACCAGAUACAUUUUGGAAUCUGUCAAUGCUAAAGAAACCAACAGAUGGAAGGGAUGUUAUUUGUCAUGCUACAGCCUGGGACUUCUACGAUGCCAAAGACUUCCGGAUCCGGAUGUGCACAAGGGAUUUUAAUUUUGAAGAUUUACAAACUAUUCAUCAUGAGCUUGGACACACUCAGUAUCAGCAGAGUUAUAAGCACCAACCGCAGGUUUACAGGGACGGAGCAAACGAUGGGUUUCAUGAAGCGAUAGGUGAGCUGAUGUCCCUGGUGUCCUCUACUCCAUCCUACCUCUCUAAACUAGGACUACUUGAGGACUACAAACCUGAUGAGCAACAGGUUAACAACCCAUAUAAUAGACGCAACUAUUUGGCGGGGGGGGGGGGCAGUUCAACCCUCCCCCCUCCCCAUCUUCCCUACAUGAAACUUGGAUCCACCAAUGUUAAUGACAAUAAUUUUCCUUGUUUUGUCAAAUUUUACAAGCUUAACACAUUAAAACUUCAAAAUAAUUGUACAAACUGAGAAAAACAUAAAACU